AUGUUCAAAUUUGCCGUUGUCCUUUUCGCCAUCAUUGCCUGUGCUGCUGCCAAGCCAGGUUUGGUUACACCCUUGGCUUAUACCGCUCCAGCUGCUGUUGUUGCUGCCGCUCCUGCACCUUUCGUUACUGCUACCAGUAGCCAAUAUGUUGCCCGUAACUACAAUGGUAUUGCCACCGCCCCUGUUGUUGCCAAGACUUUCGCUGCCCCAGUCGCUGCUGCCUACACCACCCCUGUUGCUGCUGCUUACUCUGCCCCUGUGGUAGCCAAAUACGCCGCCACAUAUGCUGCUCCUUUCGGCUACUCCGCUCCUUUGACUUAUGCUGCUGCCCCAGCCCCUGUUUUCUUGUAA